GGCCAGGCGUACUUCGCGCGAUUUCAGUCGCGACGCGAUUUGGCAAUAUACCAGCUGUCCAUAACUCCAUAUAAGCACAUUCUAAAUGUGCAGAAGAUAGGGCAUUUUAUCAAGCCACUAAGGAAAGAUGUCUUCUCCGUGUGUAGAGAAACUCGCACCAUCGUCUUGCGUCUGUCCACUACCAUGUUCAUGUAGCCGUGCAAACGUCAUUGCUGAUCUUCUUGGCGUAUCGCCAAUGUAUCAUCAGGAAGAUACUGCCCGUUGGAACUCGGCCGCUUGCCUUUAUCAAGCUAUGAACGAUCAGGUAUCGAAGUCACAUCUUCAACAGCCGACAGGAGAUCGUAGAGUUAGAAGCGCAUAUCACUCUCCUGAGCGUGAUUCGGAUCGUCCCACUCUUCUUGGAAUAGGAGGAAGUAUGCACAAUCUAACCAGUCUACCACUUUCAUUGCACAAAGUCUCAUCUAUCAAUCGCUCUUUUGCUGGGACAAAUCCAGGAAGUCGGGGAGAGUCAUCGCUAGAGCUCGAAGCUAUAGCGGCUGUUCAUGAGCUAUCAUUUGCCGUGCAAUCAAUCAGUGUCUCCGAAAUGCUUCCUCGUACUUCCGACCUUAUCUUUGUAAACCUUACAACCAUCGAAGAGCAACCAUUCUGCUUGGAACUAACGCAUAAAGGCUGGCGUAUCACCUCACUCCGUCUCGACUGCAUGGUUGGCGACUUCACCCGCCUCGAGCUGUUCACCAAGUACUAUGACUCGUUGUUUUCGCUAAUGGACACGAUAUCACCCGGUUAUCGUGCCCGAUUUGGCGAAAAACUAGCGCUCAGAUUGAAAAUGCUUGAGAACGGUGAUGAAUCCGGAAUCGCACCAUGUGGUAGCUAUGCAUCGCCUUCCUUGAGUCGCGGCUCGUCUCAAUCCUCCUUCGAAUCUUUACCAGAUGUGACUCCUACAAACACUCCGGCAGUGAAGUUCAGCGCCAAAAUGAAUGCGUUGAAAUGCUAAUGCUUGCCUUCUUUUCUGUCGCUUAUUUUUUCUUGUAACGGGUUGUCGGAUUAAAUCCGCUUGAUUCACCUAGUCACAGUAUGAUGUGUUGUUGUUUCCAACAAUGGGCCGCACUCAAAAGGCACGUGGCUCUUUCUUACGUGUAUAUGCUAUGCUUUGUAUGCAUCGGCAGCGACUUGAUCUGUGCUCACGGCUUCAGUGGCUUCCUGAGUUGAUAUUUGUGGUGACAUUUGCGCAUUCAUGCGCAUUUUUACAGGUCUUGAUGAUUAUAUCUUGAGUUUAUUUCGUGAUAAGGCUAUGAGUGUGUUCUGUUCUUUUCUUCCACAUUGGAGCCUAGGUUGAGUGCAUUCGUCUAGCUGUUGAGAUCUUCUAUACUUCGCAUUCAUUGUUUUGACUCUUGUUUCAGUGCUUUGUUUUUCCUAAAUUUUUUCAUUUUUUUGGGAUUAGAUGAGAGGCCAGUGUUUAUUGUUAUUCUAAAUUCUCUGACAAUUAUUUGUUCCCCCUAGCG